CCAUGCCCUGAUUCUUCUUCCCGGCGGCGCGUGUUCCAACAGACGCUUCUCCUCCUCCUCUUCCUCCUUGCCGGAGCGAUUUUAACUCGCCGUCCCCUCCUGGUGGCUUCUGCCGAGAUACUUCUUCUAUUAAUUUUCCGGGAGAAACAGUGAAGGAGAAUCUGGUGUUGGGCGAUUGCGAAGAGAGCAAUGAUGAUCGCCACUGCAUCAUCCCUUUCUCUUCUCUCUUCUUCAUCUCACCAUAAAUUCUCCGUCGAUCUCUGUUCUUAUCCAAAGCCUUACCGGAGAUGCUCGAUAUUUUGCUCCGGCGUCAGAACGGCUCGAGUGAUGGAUAUGGACAGAGCUACGCGGCGGCGGCGGCAGAGCCGACAUUUGUCCGCCACUGAAGCUCGAGUUUCUCUUGUUCUCGCUCUCGCCUCUCAGGCCUCCUCUGCCUCUCAACGCCUUUUGGCUGAUUUGGCGGUGGAGACUGCAAAAUACGUUUUUCCGAAGAGGUUCAAUAGUUCAAAUCUGGAAGAAGCGUUCAUGUCUGUUCCGGAUCUCGAGACAAUGAACUUCAGAGUUCUAAGUAGGACAGAUAAAUACGAGAUUAGACAAGUCGAGCCUUAUUAUGUGGCCGAGACUACAAUGCCAGGGGAAACUGGAUUCGACUUCUAUGGUGCUUCUAGGUCUUUCAAUGUGUUAGCUGAAUACCUGUUUGGUAAGAACACAGUAAAUGAGCAAAUGGAGAUGACGACCCCUGUUGUUACUCGUAAAGUCCAAUCUGUUGGAGAAAAGAUGGAAAUGACUACUCCUGUAAUCACAAGCAAGGCAAAAGAUCAAAGCCAGUGGCGGAUGUCUUUUGUCAUGCCCUCAAAGUAUGGUUCGAAUUUGCCAUUUCCAAAAGACCCUUCAGUCAAAAUUCAGGAGGUGCCAGGAAAGGUUGUUGCUGUUGUCGCCUUUUCAGGCUAUGUUAACGAUGAAGAGGUUGAGAGGCGGGAGCAAGAACUAAGGAGAGCUCUUCAAUAUGACAACAAGUUUCGAGCGAGAGAUGGAGUUUCAGUUGAAGUUGCGCAGUACAAUCCACCAUUCACUCUCCCGUUUACCCGUCGCAACGAGGUCUCUCUCGAAGUUGAAAGCAAAGAAGAUUAGCCCCUUCCCUGGUAUAUUCAUACAUACAUACAUACAUGUAUAUACACUGUAAAAUACAAUUACAACUUGUGUUAAAAAAGACAAAACGCGUUUACUUCAGUGUAUAUGAAUUUGAGUGGUAAAUGGUCUUGCAAACCUUUUCUACA